AUGUUGAUCUACACCGACGUUCUUACCGGCGACGAGAUGGUCUCCGACGCCUUCCCCGUCAAGGAGAUUGGUUUGGUUGCCUACGAGGUUGACUGUGCCAACAUCAUCGUCAAGGAGGGCGAUGUUGACAUUGGAGGGAACCCUUCCGCCGAGGAGGUCGCCGAAGCCCUCGAAGAGGGUGCUUCUCAGGUCAACAACGUUGUCCACUCCUUCCGUCUCCAAUCCACUCAGUUCGACAAGAAGUCCUACCUCACCUACCUCAAGGGUUACAUGAAGGCUGUCAAGGCUCACCUCCAGACCGCCAACCCUGAGCGAGUUGCUGCCUUCGAGAAGGAUGCCCAAGAGCUUGCCAAGAAGAUUGUUGGUAGCUUCAAGGACUACGAGUUCUACGUCGGAGAGAGCAUGAACCCCGACGGCAUGGUCGCCUUGCUGAACUACCGUGAAGACGGUGUCACCCCCUACUUCACUUUCUGGAGGGACGGUCUCAAGCAGGUUAGUACCGGGCGUGGUCUAUUUUGA